CAACAAACUGCUGUGUGUUUUCCGUCCAUCAACCGACAAAAACCCAGUCCGGGCUGAUGUGAAAUGAUGACUUAGCUCGCCGCGUUACAGGUGGCUGAAGACAGCUGGGUGAGGCAGGGAGCGGUGAGGCGCGCGCCGCGGCAGCAGCAGCAGCAGCAGCAGGCGGACCUUCAGGCAGCGGCGCCGCGAUACUUUGGAGUUAAGAAAAGAAAAAAAAACUCCAACCUUGUGAGUGCGCUGUCCUGGACCUGCACGUCAAGCUCCAUGACUGGAUAUGAGACAAUGAGGCAAGGAGAGAUGAAACGAGUCCAAGUCACGGAGGUGAAAACGCGCGCGCAAUGACAGACAGCGUGAGGGGCGCAGAAGAGGUAAAGCGGUGGAAAGUUGUCAGGUCUCCCGGUGCUGGAGAGGAAAACUAACACAGACAGAACAGAUGUGUUAAGUGUUGUAAACAAACUCGGAGAGAAGAAUUAUUUUUAUUUGCUUUAUUUCAAGAAGACAACUCCUAGAAAAUAUUAUUUUAAAUUAAAUCAUGGAACCAGAGGAGAUGACAGAGGGACAAGCUGCCAACAUGGCUCAGUCUGCCGCCUCCAAGCUGUCCCAGAUGGGUGAAAGAACUAAACAACUGGGCAACGUUAUCCAAGACCCACAGCGCCAGAAACGGAUCAUUCUUGUGAUCGUUUGCGUUGCCCUUUUAUUAGACAACAUGCUUUACAUGGUGAUUGUGCCAAUCAUACCCGAUUACCUGGAGGGGCUGCAGAAAGCAGCGGAUGAUGCCGAGGCUGCUGCUGCGCCUCACACCAACUCCUCCAACAGCACCGUCCACAGAGCAACCAAAGGCAACUUCGACCUGCAGAUCGGCGUCCUGUUCGCCUCCAAGGCCAUCCUGCAGCUCCUGGUCAACCCGCUGAGCGGCACCUUCAUAGACCGGGUGGGCUACGACAUCCCGCUCUUCAUCGGCCUCAACAUCAUGUUCCUCUCCACCCUCACGUUUGCCUUCGCCGACAACUACGCCACUCUGUUCCUGGCGCGCAGCAUCCAGGGCCUGGGCUCGGCUUUCGCGGACACGUCGGGGAUCGCCCUGAUCGCGGACAGGUUCACGGAGGAGGCGGAGAGGAGCAAGGCGCUGGGGAUCGCCCUGGCCUUCAUCUCCUUCGGGAGCCUGGUGGCACCCCCCUUCGGAGGCGUCCUGUACGAGUUCGCCGGGAAGCGCGUGCCCUUCCUGAUCCUGGCCUGCAUCUGUCUCACGGAUGGGGUGCUGUGUCUCGCCGUGCUGAAGCCCUUCUCCAACCGAGAGAGGGACAACAUGCCGGUGGGCACCCCCAUCUACAAGCUGAUGAUCGAUCCGUACAUAGCUGUGGUGGCGGGGGCCCUGAUCAUCUGUAACAUCCCUCUCGCCUUCCUGGAGCCCACCAUCGCGAACUGGAUGGAGCAGAACAUGAACGCCAGCGAGUGGGAGAUUGGCAUGACCUGGUUCCCCGCGUUCUUCCCGCACGUGUUGGGCGUGUAUCUCACCGUGAAGCUGGCAGCCAAGUACCCGCACCUGCAGUGGUUCUAUGGGGCCAUAGGCAUGGUGUUCAUAGGGGCCAGCUCCUGCACCGUGCCCGCCUGUAAGAACUUCGGGCAGCUCAUGAUCCCCCUGUGCGGCAUCUGCUUCGGCAUCGCCUUCGUGGACACGGCGCUCCUGCCCACGCUGGGCUUCCUCGUGGACGUGCGCCACGUCUCCGUGUACGGCAGCGUGUACGCCAUCGCGGACAUAUCCUACUGCGUGGCCUACGCCCUGGGCCCCAUCGUGGCGGGACAGAUCGUGCACGACCUGGGCUUCGUGCAGCUCAACCUGGGCAUGGGGCUCGCCAACGUGCUUUACGCGCCGGCGCUGCUGCUGCUGAAGAACGUGGCGCAGAUGCGGCCGUCUUUCUCCGAGCGCAACAUGCUCCUGGAGGACGGCCCCGCGGGACUGUACGACACCAUCAAGAUGGAGCAGCGCGAGAAGAAGAGGAAGGGCCUGUGCACGACGAUCGACGAGAACGGCAUCGAGACGUUUGUCCAGCGCUCGCACUCCGAGGACGAGUCCUCGGGAGGAGAGUACGCGUAAAAAAAAAGGGACCUUUGACCCGAAAGUGCCCGAGCGCGCGCAGCAUCUCCACUUCAAUCAGCUGUAAAACACAACUGUGCGACAAAACAACUGAUAUUUAUGACAGUUUCGUGUUUGAGUUUCGCUGAAGUAAAUCUCUGCCUGUUCAUCUUAUCAUUCAGGGAAUAUUUAAAGAAAACUGUAAUGUUUGCGUCUUUUAAUGUCACCUGUGUUCACUUUGACGAGAGAGAAAAAAAAGGAAAAUAAAUGUGUUUUACAUGGUGAAAAUGACCAGUGAUCUGCAUCUUGUUGAUUAUUUAAUAAUUAAGUUGAAUUCUUUCUGAAUGGUGUGCUUCUGGAAUGCAAAGCCUAAAAUGAUCUGUAAAGAUGUGUAUAUUUGAUGUACAUAAUUAAAUCAAUAUUAUGGAAACAAUA